GAGAGAGAGAGAGAGAGAGAUGAUCUUUUAAGGAAGGAGAAGAGAAAUGAGAGGCUCCAAUUCGCCAGCCUCACAUUCUUCAAUCUUCUUCCGAGUGCGUACAAAGAGAAGAAGAGUUGUGGGUUGGGUUACCUUAUCCUAUCCACCUCUCCCUCUCCCUCUCCCCCUCUCUUUCUCUCUCUCUCUCAGCUCACUAACACAGUCUUUCUCUCUCUCUCUGCUUUCACCGGCCCCUAUCCACCUUUGCUUCACUUCCUUUAAUAAGCUCAACAAAGUAUAACAGUUGAAGAAGAAGAAAAAACCCCCUCGACCCUUCUUUUUUUUUUUGCUCGUGCCCCUCGACCCUUCUUAACUACACACAUCAAUACCCCCAGCAUUCACCUCUCUCUUUCUCUCACUCUCUGUGUAUACGUGUGUGUGUGUGUGUGUCUGCAAUAUGCUAUUACCAUAAUUCAGUCUCUCCAAACCAUUUUCUCACCCCUCCAAAAUUCAUUUGUAUCUCAGUUCAUCUCCUCAACUUAAUCAAUUUCCAAUUAAAAAAUUCUUUUUUUCGCAAUGUUUAUCAGUUCUUUUCUAGUGGGUUUUGGGUAUUGCGAGAUUCUAAUUAAAAAGAUUGGGUUCUGAAUUUCUGGCAGAAAUUUUUCUUACUGUUUGUUCAGAGAAAGUUGUUAUCCGACGAAUACUAUAUUUGUAUAGCAUUGUCAUUGCCGUCGAUAAGUUUGGAUUGAAGCAUCAAGAAGUUUAAUUCAAUCCAACAGUUUUGAGAAAAAGAGAUAGUCAGCCAAUGGCUCCUAAAACUGGAAAGGCCAAACCUCACAAGGCCAAGGGAGAGAAAAAGAAGAAGGAAGAGAAAGUUUUACCAACUGUAGUAGAAAUAACUGUUGAAACACCAGAGGAGUCUCAAGUGACGCUAAAGGGAAUAUCUACGGACAGGAUUUUAGAUUUGAGGAAGCUCUUAGCCGUUCAUGUAGACACAUGUCACAUUACCAACUACUCCUUAUCACAUGAGGUAUGGUAUACAAAGUUUAAUACUCUUUAUUGCAUUGUACUUUCAGUUCCGUGUGAGGGUCCCAUCUAGGUUUAAGUACAUGAUGUCGUUUUCACCGUCUGAUCAUGAAGUUUCUUUCUAUUUCAUUUUGUGGGGUGUCAAAAUUUAUGAAGUCCUUUUGGUGUUUUGAGAAUGCUUCAAUGAUCGACGGUAUCCAUUGAUUGUGAUAGAUGGAUGUAGCAUUGAAUUAUGG